AUGGCACCUCUGAUGCUUUCCCUGCCUUUUGAGGCGGAAUCUUCAAGUCAAUCAGAGGCCUCCUAUGAAAAGUGUUUCGCUCCGACAGAACCAAUCGCAAUUUGUGGCUUUGGUGAGUUAACCAGGCACUUAUCUCUAGGGGAGGAAGAUGACUUGCCCACUGACUGUAUGUUAGCAUGUCGUUUGCCCGGAUCCUCAUACUCUCCCCGCGCCUUCUGGGACCUUAUCUCGCAAGGCAAAUCUGGGAAAUGUGACGUUCCAAAGUCCAGAUUCAAUGUCAACGCUUUCCAUCAUCCUAAUGGUGACCGACCAGGAAGUAUUACCACCCGAGGAGGCUAUUUCAUAGAGCAGGAUGUACGCGAGUUCGAAAAUAGCUUCUUCGGUAUCAACAACCUGGAAGCACUUUACAUGGACCCUCAACAGCGCAAGCUUCUUGAAAUUGUUUUCGAAUGCCUUGAGAACGCAGGCGUUUUAAUGGAGAAAGUUUCGGGAUCCAAUACAGGCGUAUAUGUUGGUAACUUUACAGUUGACUACCAGGUGAUGCAAACUCGGGAUAGCGAUUACCUAGAACGCUAUUCUGCCACGGGCAUGGGUACUACAAUCCUUGGAAACCGGGUAAGCCUUCAGUAUAGACAUCUCAUCACGUUUUAGAGGCUAACUAGUCUUCUAGUCUUGUUCUGGAUACCGCGUGCUCGUCUUCGUUAUACAGUUUGCAUGUCGCAUGCGCAGCUCUCCAGAACUACGAGUGUGAUGCUGCUAUAGUAGCCGGUGCAAAUUUAAUCCAGUCAGUCGAGCAGCAUAUUGGCACUAUGAAAGCCGGUGUUUUAUCACCAACAUCCGAAUGCCAUACCUUUGACACCUCUGCGGAUGGAUAUGGAAGAGCAGAUGGCAUCGGCGCUUUGUAUGUAAAAAGGCUUAGCGACGCUAUACGAGAUGGCGACCCUAUUAGAAGUGUCGUGCGCGGCUCAGCGGUAAACGCGUAAGGACUUACUAUUUUGUUGACAUUUGACUUGGAUGUAAGCGAUUGCUAAUCUAGCUUUGAAUUUGUCACAGUAAUGGAAAGACUGCUGGUAUAAGUUUGCCAAGCGCCGAUGGGCAGGAAGCUGUCAUUCGCAAAGCUCUAGCGAAAGCCAACCUAAACCCCGAUGACCUCGCUUACAUCGAGUGCCAUGGUACAGGCACAAAAGUCGGCGAUGCCAUCGAGGUUGAUGGCUUGAGCCGAGUGUUUCCUCGCACCGCUGAGCGGCCGCUGCUGAUAGGUUCAGUAAAAACAAAUGUCGGGCACUCCGAGACUGCAAGCGGUAUUUCUAGUGUUAUCAAGGCCUCUAUGGCCCUUGAGCGUGGGAAGAUCCCGCCUACAUAUGGUUUGAAGAACAUCAACCCUAAGCUGAAGGUCGAAGAGCGCCAUAUUAGCAUUCCCACAGAACUGAUCAAGUGGCCGGAAUAUGCAUCCGAUGUGCGCUACAUUGGUCAGUACUUUCAUGGCUUCCUUGUCUGUUAGCUGUAUGAUAUAUAGUGGAGUCCUGGAGUAACAUGAAGCAGGCAUCAACUCAUUUGGCUAUGGUGGCACUAAUGCUCAUGCCAUUCUUGAAAGAGCUCCCACUCCUCAAUUUUCCCGGGCUAUGUGGGCUACAAGUACAGAGCGGUUGCAAGCACAUCAGUCCUCGAUUGUGCUUCCAUUGUCUGCGGCGAGCAAUGACUCUCUCCAGGCUCGACGAGAAGACUUUGCGGCUUUUGAUUUCGCUGACACUAACAUCUUGGAUUUGGCCUACACGCUCGGAUCGAGGCGCUCCAAUUUUGAGGUUCGAGGAUUUAUGGUGGCUUCAUGUACCGAAGAUGCCAGUAUUGCUGAAUCCUUCAAAGAGCAGGCCUUUGCAACUGGCAGAGCUAUCUCCGACUCUCAGGACCCCCUUGCUUUCGUGUUCACCGGUCAAGGAUCGCAGUGGGCUGGUAUGUGCCGCGAGCUAUUCUCUGAGUUCCGAGUAUUCCGCAAUGCCAUCAAAGAGAUGGAUGCCGUUCUCCAAGCCCUCCCGGAACGCCCCAGUUGGUCAUUACAUGAUGCUAUCACAGACACCGAGAAUACCGACAUCAACGAUCCUCAACUGUCGCAACCAUGCUGUACAGCAAUCCAAAUCGCCCUUGUGCAGCUUCUUGCUUCUUGGGAUAUUUUGCCCGCAACCACUGUAGGUCAUUCUUCUGGCGAAAUAGCUGCAGCGUUCGCUUCUGGUCACAUGUCAGCCGCUGAAGCAAUCGUCACGGCCUACUACCGAGGAAGCUGCACGUCCAAAAAUACACAGGAUGGGGCUAUGAUGGCUGCAGGCCUUCCGGAGAUAGAUGCGAUCAACGAGAUUUCCAAGUUGGGCCUGACAUCACAGAUCAGGGUGGCAUGUGUGAAUUCGCCUGGGGGCGUAACCAUCUCGGGCGACUCUCCAGGAAUUGAUCAGCUCCUCGCAGCGCUACAGCAAAGAGGCAUCUUCGCACGCAAGCUCAGAACAGGUGGUCAGGCAUAUCACCCUCACCACAUGUUGAGAUUAGGAGGGGAAUACCAGAGCAAGUUGGAGGCUAUUCUGCCAACCUUAGGCCCCUCGGUAAUGCUAACCAAGCAUGCCAAUAUGGUGUCUUCCGUGACUGGGAAGACCAAAUUGUCGGAUUUUGGACCGGCCUACUGGCGCAGCAACCUUGAGAGCCAAGUCAAGUUUUCGGCGGCUGUCGAAGAAAUACACCGUCAAGGGAUGCAUUGCUACGUAGAACUUGGCCGGCACUCAUCUAUGGAGUUGCCUCUUAAGCAGACUCUUACCGUGGCCGGCGUGGCUAGCGCCGAUGUCAAGUAUGCGGCUCCAAUUAAGCGACAAGCGAAUGCACUUGAGACUUCAUUGCGUCUCGCUGGAAAGCUAUGGCUAUACGGCUACCCCAUCAACUGGUAUCUGGUCAAUGGUCUCCAUACGUGUGAGUCAAAGUCUUUUCCCACUGGGAAAUUCCAAGUUGUUACAGAUCUGCCACCCUAUAGAUUCAACUAUGGAAGCCUUCUCUGGAGCGAGUCCCGUGUCAGUAUCGAGUAUCGUCAGCGCAAGUACCCACAAUAUGAGCUUCUGGGUUCGCUGGUGCAGGGCGGAAAUGGGAAAGACUUCAUUUUCCGCAACAUCCUUCGCCUUGGUGAUGUUUCAUGGCUAAGCGACCAUAAGCUUGAAGAGACUGUCGUAUUCCCGGGCGCAGGUUACCUUGGCAUGGCAAUGGAAGCGGUCAUGCAAGGCACGGAUAUAGACAGAGAUGUCGAAAAGUCGUUGUCGUUCCGUUUUGACAACGUCAAUAUCUCCAAUGCUCUUGUACUAUCUGCCGAGCACGGCGCACAGACCGAGAUCUUUACAUCCAUUCAGAAGUCUCCUAUCACCAAUGCCGCGACGUCCUCUUUAUGGUGGGACUUUAGCAUAACAUCUUACCAGAAUGGUAUCUCGGUGGAUCAUGCCAAGGGUGUCAUCGCCAUGAGCGGUCAAUCAGCUGGGCUGGGCUCAAAAUACCAGGCGCUCAAUGGUAUCCUCGAGCCUAGCGCAAAAAGAACAUGGUACGAUAGGUUGGUGAAAACUGGACUCAACUUUGGGCCCAAAUUCCAGUCCAUUACUGAGUUCGAGACUCCCCGUAUGAAAAAGCAGUCUUUCGCCAGCGCAAAGGCACCACUGCUGAAAGCAUGUGGAGAUGCUUUAUCUACGUAUCCCAUCCACCCUAUCACACUUGAUGCUAUGAUGCAGACAGCAAUUGUGGCGACAACAGCAGGAAAUCCAAAAGAUCUUCAGGCAAAGGUGCCCACCCGAUUCCUUUCUGUUACCGUGAAUACACCUGCGACACCUGCAGGAGACCUGUGUCAUAUACAUGCCAUUGCACAGAGCACAGGGUUUGGAUCUGCGGAAGUUGGGGCUGAAAUUAUAGGAUCAGAUGGCUUUGUCGUAGCUAGAAUGGAUCAGCUCAGGCUUGCGCCGUAUCAUGCUGCCCCCAAAGACGAUGCUGAGGAUACCCGCCACCCUGUCCUUAGAGUAUUAUGGAAGCCCGACCCCUUUGGUCUGGGUCCCAUGAGCAACGGUUGUGCUCAAAGGCAUUUUGAUCAAUUCGUUGAAGAAGCGAAGUUGCCGCUUGCUGACGCGAAUAUCUUGAAGCUUGGAUCUUUGUUGGACAUACUUGUGCAUAAGAACCCGGCGAUGCGAAUCCUCGAACUCGGUAACGACAUCCACGACAUUAUUCUCGCUGCAUUAACCCUCUUGGCUUCUGAGGGAGAUUUCAAACGCAUGUCCACGUAUAGCACUGCUACCUUUAUCGAGGAUGGCAUUCUCUCUGGAGGUCUCGUAGACCUCGAGAUGGGAGAACGGUGUAAGCAGCCGGCCCCACUCAGCCAAGGUGCCUUCGACCUCAUCCUACUUCCUGUCGCAGGUGUAUGGCUGGAUCGCGAUAUGCCUAAAAUCAGGAAGUUCAUGCACAAAGACACAAUCAUCCUCGCUCUAUGCCCCGGCUCAAUCUCAGAGGCCAUCAAAUCAUCAGAUGGCCUUUCGUACGUCUCUUAUCCGGUGGCUGAAGGGCAUGCAUCGCUUGUGCUCGCUCAUGUUCAGCAGGAGAAAACAAACAAAGAAGCGUUACAGAAGCAGGUGUUUUUGAUCGUGGAGAAGGAGAAGACAGACUUGGGCUCGGCGCUGGAGAAUGCUCUUUUAGGCAUGCAAGGACAAUCGCCCACACGUAUUAGACUUGAAGAGCUCUCUGCUGAGCAUAUUCCCAGUGGGACAACUGUUUUCAGCUUUUGUGAGCUCAAGACACCUCUGCUAUCCACCAUCUCGAACGAGGACAUGAAAAGCGUAAAGCUCAUGACGGAUCGUGCAGCGUCCCUUGUGUGGGUCACCAAUGGCAAUCCAUUGCACGCAAAGAAUCCCGACUAUGCCCUGGUUUCUGGAUUGUCUCGCGCUUUGGUUCUUGAGCAGCCGUCUCUUAAAUUCUAUACCUAUGAUAUAGAUGAGCCAGAUACGGAUGUAUCCGUCACUGCAAGCCGUCUCAUUUCAAUCUUGAACCAACAAGGUACAACGGCGGAUCGCGAGUUCGUACAGCACAUGGGAACUGUCCACAUCAGUCGAUUUGUCCCAGGUGAUGGUAUCAACACCCUUUUUCGAGCGAAGCAAGGACUAAGGUGCAGGGGACAUGGAAUCUCCACAAUAGUCUCCGUGCUUCGGGUCGCGAUACUAACCUUGAGUUCUUCCUUCUUACAUCCUCCAUCUCCGGCAGCCUAGGGACAGCAACUGAGGCGAACUACUGCGCAGCGAACCACUUCUUGGACAUGUUCGCCAGGUACCGACGUGCGCAUGGCCUUUCAGCUGUCUCACUUGGUUUAGGUAUGAUUUCCGAGGUGGGCUAUUUGCACGAAAAUCCCGAAAUUGAGGCCUUGCUAAAGCGCAAGGGCAUUCAUGCCAUUGAUGCAGACGAGCUGGUGCAAAUUUUGGAUUUAGCAUUGAGCUCAUCUGCGGAGAACAAUCUACCGGGCAUCUACCAUCCUUACGACGAACUGGCAUCUGCUCACCUUCUCACUGGGCUGGAGCCCACAGGUCUCAAGGAGCUCCGCCGUGAAGGGUUUGAAGGAAACAACCCGACUCUUGAUGAUCCACGUGCAUCGCUCUUAGCAAGUGCUUUAGAUGGCGAAGGUGAUAAGGCUCGACAUGCAACUGACGGAAGACUUCCUAGCGAGGUAUCUAAGCGAAUAGACGAAGGCUUCACGUUAAGCGAAGCGGUUUUGGACUUCAUCAAACGUCGCUUUGGGAACCUGGUGAUUAUCAGAUAUGAGGAAGUGGAUGUCCACAAAGCGCUAGGAAACUACGGUAUGGAUAGCAUGCUCGCUGCAGAGUUCCGAACCUGGUUCUGGCAGAGCAUGGCCGUUGAUGUGCCGCUCUUGAUGUUUUUGAGUAAGACCUGCGACUUGGUAUCGCUGAGUGAGAUUGCUGUGACGGAGUUGGAGAAGGAAGAAUAA